ACGGGAGAAAGCCUGUCUUUAACUAGCCUUCACCAUCACAUGACGCUGCAAAUGAGCUCCGUAUGGAUGUUAUGUCUGUAUGUUUCUGCAAAUCGAUCUGAUGAUAACAAUAUGAUUGUAUUAAUGAUAAGACAAUGGUACUAUGGAAUCUACUCUUAGUAGCCAUAUUCCCAUGAGCCCAGGCUACGUUGUUUUGACCCCACGUUAUACCUGUUUAGACAUCGGAGACAUGCAUAUAUUUCACUUUAAAAAUGUAUAUUUCUGCCGUCUUUGGCCUUAUUGCUAUGGCUUUCUCAUAGGACCUCCAUGAACAAGUCUUGUAUGUUGUAACCUUUGUAUUUCCAGAUAAAAAACAAUUAAGAACAGUUUCUUAUUCUCUAUACUGAUCUGGUCAAAGAGGACCAAACAGGAGUACAGAUAACAAAUUACAAAUACACAAAUGAUCGGGAUGUGCGUGUGCGAGCAGAUGCGUGUGAAUGGGUGGAAAAAAAUAAAUUAAGUGACAUGUUAUAUUGUGUGUGAAGGGGCAAUGCAAGUGAGAAACUCGGGAUCAACUUGAGCAGGAGGGCUCUACUAAUAUAUUGUAAAGCUUCUGCUUGAACGCAGACUGUUAUACAGAAGCAGUACGUUUGAGGGUGUCUUGAGUGGUGUUCCAGUCAAAAGCUGCUGCCAAAUGAAUGGAGUAUGGGGUAUGGUAUCGGGUUUUUGUCGAGCGUGUGCAUUGCUUCCCCCCAGCUUCUCGAGACGUGCAUGAAGAACUGCGGGAAGCGGUUUCACACCGAAGUGGCAAAGUUUCGCUUCCUGAAUGAGCUCAUCAAAGUGGUCUCACCCAAGUACUUGGGUUCCAGAGCCCCGGAACCUGUGAAAAAGAAGGUUCUGGAGGUGAUGUUCAGCUGGACCCUGGGCCUUCCCGAGGAGACAAAGAUAGCAGACGCCUAUCAGAUGCUGAAGAAACAGGGUAUUGUGAAGCAGGACCCGGUGCUUCCUCACGACACGGCCCUCCCCCCUCCCGCUCCCCGAGCCACCAGCGCCUUGUUCGAGGACGAGGAGAAGUCCAAGAUGCUGUCCCGCCUGCUCAACAGCUCUCACCCUGAGGACCUGAGGGCGGCCAAUAAGCUCAUCAACGAGAUGGUGCAGGAGGACCAGAAACGCACAGAGAAGGUGUCCAAGCGUCUGAACGCUAUCCAGGAAGUGAAGGAGAGCGUGAGCCUGCUGGGGCAGCUGCUGGAGAACUACAGCAAGGACCGCUUCUCCCACAGCCAGCAGGAGCUCGUUAAGGAUCUUUAUAACCGCUGUGAAAAGAUGAGGCCCACGCUGUUCCGUCUCGCUAGUGACACGGAGGACAACGAUGAGGCCUUAGCUGAGAUCCUGCAGGCCAACGACAGCCUGACGCAGGUCAUCAACCUGUACCGACAGCUGGUCAAGGGAGAGGAGAUGAACGGCGAGACCGCCGCACCGCGCCCACUGCCAGGCAGCAGUGGCAACGCCCUCCUAGACCUCACGGGCCUGGACACCUCCCUGUCCGCCCCCACCCUGGACCCCGCCCUCAGCCUGCUGGACGAGGAGCUCAUGUCUCUCGGUCUCAACGAGGCAACCUCAAACUCCUUCUCCGGCUCUCAGUUAGGAGACUUCAACACGUUCCAGUCGUGUGACGGGGCCGAGCCGGCGGCCCCGGCCCCCCAGGGGGCGCUGCUGCUGCCCGCCGUGACCCUCUCCUGUCUCCCCGCACCCCCCCCGGCGCCAGAGGCCCCCGCCGCCCCGCCCAGCCCCCUGGACGGGCUGGACGUCCUGGGGAAGAGCCUGCUGCAGCAGUCCCUGCCCCCGGAGAGCCAGCAGGUCAAAUGGGACAAAUCCCAAACCCAGUCCAAACUCACCUUGAGAGACCUCCAGACCCAGUCCCACCACAGCUCCGGCACGGCUCCCAGUGCCGUGACCACCACUCCCAGUCCGAGCUCCAGUCUCCCCCACGACCUCUGUCCUAGGGACCCCCAGAGCGCCAUCUCUCUAGCGGACGUGGCGGUGCCCCUGGAGUCCAUCAAACCAAGUAGCCUGCUGCCCGUGACGGUGUUUGACCAGCACGGCCUCCGGGUGCUGUUCCACUUUGCGCGGGAGUGUCCGCGGUCGCGGCCGGACGUGCUGGUGGUGAUCAUCUCCAUGCUCUCCUCCGCCCCUCUGCCCAUCUCCAGCGUCCGCUUCCAGUCGGCCGUGCCCAAGGUGAUGAAGGUGAGGCUCCAGCCCCCCUCGGGGACCGACCUCCCGGCCUUCAACCCCGUCCUCCCCCCGGCCGCCAUCACCCAGAUCCUGCUGCUGGCCAACCCCCAGCAGGAGAAGGUGCGGUUGAGAUACAAGCUGACGUUCAACUUGGGAGACAAGUCGCACGACGAAUCCGGAGACGUCGAAGAAUUCCCUCCUCCUGACAGCUGGGGAAACCUUUAGUGGAGAGCACUCACCAUCCUCCCUGGGAAUCAUUCGUCGGGAGUCUGGCCAAGAAUAACCAAUCAUUUAUUUUUUUAAACGGUUAAGUGUCGGUGGUGGGGUGAUGAACUGAUGUGAGAGCGUUUCUGGAAGUAGCUUCUAACUUGUGCCUUUCUUUGUUUUUACUCCUUCAUUCCUGUGUUCCUGCUUCAGUAGACAUGUCUACUGCGUCCCUCUCUGUUGUCCCCUGAUGUCAACUUUAUCCCUCACAAGGUCAAUAAGUUGUCUGCUGGCUUUACUGGGGACCGGAACCACGGAACGCUUCAGUCUAGACAUCUGAACAAUUCAAUGGUUUAUUAAGUGUGUCUUCAUUACUGUGGAGUGCUGUUAGAAUGAUCAUCUCUACGGUCUCUCUGAUAUCUCUAUGAUCUCUCUGCUGUCCUUCUGAUGUCUCUCUGAUGUCUCCGAUCUAUAGGCUCUCUCUGUGAUGUCUAUGAUCUCUCUGCUGUAUCUGCUGUCUCUCUGAUGUCCCUUCGAUAUCUCUCUGCUGUCUCUGAUCUCUCUCUGAUAUCUCUAUGGUCUCUCUGCUGUCCUUCUGAUGUCUCUCUGAUGUCUCUGAUCUAUAGGCUCCCUCUGUGAUGUCUAUGAUCUCUCUGCUGUAUCUGCUGUCUCUCUGAUGUCCCUUCGAUAUCUCUCUGCUGUCUCUGAUCUCUCUCUGAUAUCUCUAUGGUCUCUCUGCUGUCCUUCUGAUGUCUCUCUGAUGUCUCUGAUCUAUAGGCUCCCUCUGUGAUGUCUAUGAUCUCUCUGCUGUAUCUGCUGUCUCUCUGAUGUCCCUUUGAUAUCUCUCUGCUGUCUCUGAUCUCUCUCUGAUAUCUCUAUGGUCUCUCUGCUGUCCUUCUGAUGUCUCUCUGAUGUCUCUGAUCUAUAGGCUCUCUCUGUGAUGUCUAUGAUCUCUCUGCUGUAUCUGCUGUCUCUCUGAUGUCCCUUUGAUAUCUCUCUGCUGUCUCUGAUCUCUCUCUGAUAUCUAUAUGGUCUCUCUGAUCUAUAAGCUCUCUCUGAAACAUCUCAAUGAUAUCUCGGCUAUCUCUGCUUCCCCCGAGCAUCCCAAACGUCUCCUCUAGUUCUGGAUAGUUUAAACCCAGGAGGCGACCUUAGAUCCCAGCCAAAUCCUGAUCAGCCUAAAUUAAUGCCUGCAAAUAUUUGAGCUUCUUCCUAUUUGAUCGAGUAGAUCGCUGCUGGUAAGGCCAAUCAAACUCUUCUUUUUAUUUGACGGGUAUAAUAAUAUAUGAAUUAAGAGGCUUCUUUCACAUGACCUGUACUUGCACGCACUUCUCUGCUUUCCGUUUUGCACUUACCAAGUUGGCCAGCCCUGGGUAUCAGAGCAGCGGGCCUGAGGUUCCUGGAGGUCAGCUGGACGCUCUGCCUCUGCCCGGCCCGUUCCCUUCUUCUGCACUCUGAUGUCUGUCGCUAUCUUCUCUCCUCUCCUUGUAAAUAAAAGGAUUAUGCAAUUAUGUACAUUUGCAAGAAAACACACAAAACGUAAAACACGUGAAGAUCAAAAAUGGCAUUGCUGAAAAAGGGAUUAAGAGAAUGCAGUGAAUAUAUGUACUGUAUGUAAGGGAAAUACAAUUAUUUUCUUUGGAACGAUACUUCUUUACAAGAUAAUUUAUUUGAAGAAUAAAAACCAAAUAAAUGCGC